AUGACCUUCAAGGGAUUCACAGACGGGCCUGAUUUCAGGCCGUUCGCCUGUGAUUGGGAGGCAUGCAAGAAGGACUUCAAACGAAGAUCAGACCUCACAAGACACUACAAGAUCCACACAAACGAGCGACCGCACCCGUGUACAGCCCCUGGCUGCGAAAAGAGAUUCAUUCAGCGCAGUGCUCUUGCUGUCCACACUCGGACACACACCGGCGAGAAGCCACACAAGUGUAAAUUCCCCGGCUGCAUUAAGCGAUUCUCCGAUUCGUCGAGUCUUGCCAGGCACCGUCACGUCCACACAGGGAGCCGUAGUCGCAGAUGCGCACACAUCGAUUGCCCCAAGAGGUAU